CUUCCAUUCAAAUACCACUACCUCUCAAAGCACUCAUCUCUACACCACACCAUGGGCAAGGCAAUUAAGAUCACAAGGAGAUCUAUUCAUGCUUUCUUCCAGAGCUACCACUCAUUUGCCUCAACUGCAGCUCUCCUUGUCUUCCCCGUCUCAGCGGCUACCCUCCUCUCCCAGUCGCUUCCUCUCUCCUCUUCCCCCAUCCUCCGAACAAUCUCUUCUCGCCUCCGGUUGCUCUUCGAAGCUGCUGGUUUCCCCGCCUCCUCCCAAUUCUUCUCCCUCCUCAAUUUCAAGCUCUCUCAGGCCAUCUUAACAUUCAUCUCCACUCUUCCUUUCACCCUGAUCUUCCUAAUCCUCGCCAAAGCAUCUGUCAUCCAAAUCAUCCAAGAAUUCCCUCGUCGCAGGCUCGCACCACCACCACUCUCCUCUCUUCUCCAUCUUUAUCCUUCCCUCUUGCUGACUUUCCUCUCCAAUUCCUUGGUUAUCCUCUCCGCUAAUGCCGCCAUCUUCUCUAUCCUUGUGGUAGCCUUCAAUAUUCCGGAUAUCCUCCACCUUUCUUCAAACAACUCCAUUCUAGUCCUCUCUGCUGCGAGUGUGAUUCUAUAUUCCAUUGUCAUUGCCAACACCAUGGUGGCAUGCAACCUAGCAAUUGUCAUCUCUGCCAUGGAAAACAGCGGUGGCUAUCUCUCCAUCCUCAAGGCCCUUGUGCUCAUCAGAGGCAGGACAGCAACCGGCAUAACACUAGCUCUGCCUGCCAGUCUAAGCAUGGCUGCAGUAGAAGCAUUGUUUCAGUACAGGGUGAUGAGACCAUACCAUCUGUCGCGCAAAUUUAGUCCAUCAGUCAUUUGGGAAGCCUUCUUGAUCACCUACAUAUAUUCGCUCCUCAUCGUCCUCGACACGAUCAUCACCUGCAUGUUCCUGAGGAUCUGCAAGUCAGAAAGUGGAUCAUAUUGGAAUGGAUAUGAUUAUCAAACAGAUGGUGAACCAGAAGCCAAGGGUGCUCUGCAAGCUUAAUGCUCCUAUAAGUUUUGAUGCAGCGUAGCAGAUCCUGCUUUCACUCUUUAUUUAUGUCACUGGAAGAACAUUACUUUCAGCCAUGAAAAAGUGUUUUACUGCUUCAAAUGCAUGAGUUCUACAGAUGUGGCAUCGGUGCAAUAAUGUUUUCUUGCCAAAAAAAAAAAUGUACAGCAAACUUUGUAAUGAGAAAAAAGCUCUUUGUAAAAUAAGAGAACUGGAACAGAUGCACCAAAAGCCCCUCAUCAUUCCAACUAUUUGUUCCUGCCGCCCGGAUUGUGCAGUAGCUGUAUUUGAUGGGAAAAGAACCACAACUGAAACUCCAAAGUGUCUUGCAUGACAACCUGGAUUAUCUUUCUAGGAAAAAUAUUUGUGAAUCUCUAUGGCUUUAGUGCUUGCAAUACACAACCACACGUCUUGAAAGA